UCGUUUAACCCAAUCAUAACUGACGUCGUGGCAAAAGACUAAGGUCACCUCUACGUUAUUGACCACAAAAGAAGCACAGUGCUAUAACAAUGGACGCUCACUGUAGUUAGUGCACUGUGUGUUAAACUGACCGUGUUCGAUCAUGGCGUUACCGCUCGCCCCGUUUUUCUUAACCUACUGGCCGCAGAUCGUAUCGGCCGUACUGUGCUUCUUAAUCGGGACCGUUUACGCCAAGGCGUUCGUCACCGUGCCCGCCGCCUCUACGUCCGGAGACGUGAAGCGGGACUCCUCCGCCGUCGACGAUCCUCAGGAGCCGCCGUCGCCGCCCCCCAGCCCGAGCCAUGACAAGGCCCCGCGCGUGCCGUAUUCAUUGCCCGGAUUCUGCGACGAGGAGAUGGUGCGUCGAUCCAACCAGUUUUACCGCGAAAUGGACACGCGACGGUCCGUCCGGGAUAUAUCCGACAAGCCCGUACCCUUGGAAGUGAUCGAGAACUGCAUUCGGAUGGCAGGUACGGCCCCAAGCGGUGCCCACAUGCAACCUUGGACUUUUGCGGUCCUCAGCAACCCGCAGGUCAAGCUGGAGGUGCGCCUCAUCAUCGAGGAAGAAGAGAGGAUGAACUACGAGAAGAGGAUGAGCGCACAGUGGCUGCACGACCUGGAGAAGCUCAGACUCACGUGGAGCAAGCCCUACCUGACCCGAGCGCCUUACAUCAUCGUCGUCUUCAAGCAGCUGUUCAGGGUUACCGAGGAAGGCAAGAAGACGACGAAUUACUACCAGGAGAUCAGCGCCUCCAUAGCAACCGGAUUCCUGCUGGCGGCCGUGCAUAAUGCCGGUCUGGUAACGGUCACUACCACCCCAAUGAACGCUGGGCCCCGCCUGCGCACUCUGUUGGAGAGACCGAUCAGCGAAAAGGUGUUGGUUCUGCUCCCCGUAGGACACCCAGAGGAUGGUGCCACGGUGCCUGACUUGCAACGCAAAGCUCUCCAGGAAAUCAUGGUGCUGAAGUAGACUACUGUAAUAGGACUUUGGAAGUCUAUCAGAUACAGCAAGAAAUUGAGAUAUUUAAAAGUUCUAUACAUGUAUGUCACUUUCAACAUGGUUUCUUCUCUUUUAUCGAACGAUUUGUGUAUGUUUAACAAGUGAAUAAAGUUUCCUGUAAAAAACCAGUCUCUCGGUGUGUAUUUUAUUUCCCUUACUCUAAUUGGAAAAUAGUUUAGGCCUGAUGAAUAUUAAAUAAGUGUAUCUUGAUUUCACUCUGUGUGUCCCAGUUUAGUUCAAUAAGUCCUGCCAUAUAAGGAUAGUUAUGCGAAGUGGAUGAGUGUGUGCGCUGUCCAGGGAAUGCACCUUUUGUUCAAUGCCAUGGUUAGUCAAAUGUGAACAUUUUUGCCAGUUUUUCUUAAGGUGUAGUCUCAGAUAGUCAGGAGUCAGAGCCAGAAGUAAACGGUUUAAUAUUGCAGAACCUCUGAACAUGUGAAAUUUUGUUUUCAACUCUGUUGGCAAACUCUGAAAAAAGCUUGUUAAUAAAAUCAAGCCCUGAGACGAGCAGACUUCUGAACUGCCUGCAAUUAUUUGUCAA